AUGUCGCAACCCUAUGUUAUUAGCAUUUCCUCGGACGAAGACGACGACGAUGACAUCGAGGUUCUUGAGUUUAAAAAACAUACUCAACAUUUGAUUGAACAGGCGCCACCGAAAGUGGUGAAAAAGCUCAGCGAGGCCGAAUGUCCUGUUUGCUUCGAUACCAUCACCAACGCCACAGCCACUUUCUGUGGUCACGUCUACUGUCUUCAAUGCUUGCAGAAGAGUAUAGCAUCAUCUUCUGCGCGGGGACAAACAAGAGGCCGCAAGGGAGUUGGGCUUUGUCCGAUGUGUCGAAAAACUGUUGCAUUCAAAGAUGUUACAGUGCUACGGCUCAAAACGGGUGAAGUUGUCAAACCUCCAUCCAUAGAGGAGCUGCUGGAUCAGAACGAAGAUGAUGCUGAGUUGGACGAGACUCUUCGUGAUUUGUUUUAA